GGGGGGGGGACUAUGUUGCGUCACAAGCUGGCGCCGGAAGUGGGGUGCUCACGCCGAGGUGCUGCGCAGUCGGUUUGGAAUCGCAGCGGGAGGAGCGUGCCCGUGCUGAGGGUUAACAAUGGACACCCAGAAGGACGUCCAACCCCCGAAGCAGCAGCCAAUGAUAUAUAUCUGUGGAGAAUGUCACGCAGAAAAUGAAAUAAAAUCCAGGGAUCCAAUCAGAUGCAGAGAAUGUGGAUACAGAAUAAUGUACAAGAAAAGGACUAAAAGAUUGGUGGUUUUUGAUGCUCGAUGAAACGGAAUUCAGAAGAAUAUCUGUUUGCCUUUGGAUUUGCUGUUAUUGUUGUAUAGUUUUUGAUGAGUAUACUUAUCUUUAUGAAUACAACUACUAGUAUAUACACGAUUUCAUUUUUAAAACCAUACUGUAUUUAGGUAUCUAUUAUAAAGAAUUUUUUUGUUCAGUUCCAUGAUUUGUAAUUUAAUUUUGUGUGUGUGUAAUUUAAUUUUGUUGUAUAUUUCACCUGACAUGAAAAAGGUUAAAAGUGCUUCGCCAAACCACACUUUUAAUCAAAACCGAGAGUCAUUGGGGCCCUUGUUAAAAAUAAAGCUUUCUAGGGCUCUCUAGGUGUGAUUAAGUUCGUUCCUUGGAAACCACUGUUUUAUAUUAUCAAUUGUUAGUAAAAUCUCCAACAUCAUUUUGUGUGGAGUGUAACUGUACACUUACUCUCAGUGUACAUACAUCAUGCGGAGUUACAUUUUUCAUUUGUUACUUGAAGUAGGCCUUUUUGUGUUUAUAUGUAAUGUUUGACUGGUUUUUAAAUCUUGGGCAAGGGGAAAGAAGCCAAUGGUUGCUUUCUUUAAGGGAAAAUCAACCCCACAUACAUACAGAUGAAGACUAUUAAGGCAGGUGCAGUUCCAGGUGUAAUCAUUCAUUAAAGUAAAAAAAUCUGCUUUCAAGAUAUAAAAAAAAAAUAGGGGUUGGUUUACACUGAAUUACUGGAUAAAUGUUUAAAAUUUUUGUCUUGAUUUUAGGGAUAUCGAUAGUUUGAUACUCCAUGUGUGUCCAAUAUUAUCAUCAUUAUGGAUCAUCACAUUGGUUUCCCUAACAUUCAUUUGAAGGUCUGAAAUAUUCCAAGUUCUAUAAAAUUUAUUAUGUACUAUACAAAGUACCGCCAUGCUCAUAUUUUUAAAGAGUUCUUCCUUGAUCUGGGUUUUCCUUUCGCCAUGGCUUUCAUAAUUUGGUAAUUGUGCUAUAUUCCUCCUUGACCUUGUCUUUUUUAGACAAGAGAGUCCCAACAAAUAAGGUAUCUCUUUAUGAAAAGCCCCAACUCAUUGGAUAAUGUUGCUCUUAACUGUGCUGAUUCCAUCAUAGAUCCCUUUCCUAUCAGUAAUUUAAUUGAAUAUUGUUAUUUGGUUAACCAGACAGAUGUUUAAUGGAGAAAGUAUUACCAUGGGAACUCACCAUUUCAGUCCGUUCCUUCCCUAUUUGUGUCUUCAUCUAUAAAAUGGAAGUGAUUUUACCUCUUGCCUAUCUGGGCAGUUUUAAGAAAAAAAAUGAUACAAUAAAUAUAAAAUUGCUUUAAAAAAUUCUUUUGAAUAGUGCUCUGUGAAUAUAAAAAUCUGGGCUUGAAGUUCACCCAUCACUUGUUCGCUACUAAGCUGCUUGCUUAGACAAGCAUGUCCAUGAGAAAGGCAUGGAAAUUGGUUCACAUCCAGUCCUGCUACUCAGUGACUGGCCAGUUAAUUUAUUUCUUUUAACUUCAGCUUUAUUGUCAAAGUGGAAGAGUUAAUGAUGGCCGUCAGUACAGUACUUUGAGACUCUGAAGCUAUUUUCAGAGAUUUAAGGUAUGAAAAAUUCAAAAAUAUGUGGAAUCAGAAAUGACCAGUCCUAAGGAAUAAUAACUAUCCCUUGUCAACUGGCAGUUUGAUCUUACCAGGGUUCACUUUCCUUGUUUGUACCAUAGGCACCUACCUCAAAGGUUUGUUGGAAGAUAAAAGAAUCCAUAAAAACUCAGCCUAAUAAUAGCCCAUGUUAAUUAUUAUUACCAUUACUGUAAUAUUAACGUUUUUCACACACGAUUGUUAUUGGCCUUAGGAUGAGUCUCUCCCAGCUACUCGUUUUGCUGUCCUCCACGCUCUUCACAUUGCUCCUUCAAGAAUACAAAUUUCAUGAUACCGUCCUGCUGAAAAUCCUCAGUGGCUCCUCAUUUUGCUAAAAUAAAAAAUGAUUUGGAAUACU